GCUCUGCUCUGUGAAUCACGACAGGUAUCCGACCAACUCCGACUACUCCCAGUUUAACUUGCUUGGAAGAGAAAAAUCUGGCCAUCCCUAGAGGCUUGGUUGAUGGCGUCGUCGUCGUCGUGGUCGUCGGUGGCUGGAGCAGCAGUCGCGGCGGAUCCGCUCAGCGCCGCAGCAGUGAUGGCGCGGCUCGACCACCUGUGGAAUGCCGCCCACAGCGUCUGCGCAACGUCGCCUGCGGUUGCGCGCACAAUGAUGUACGAGUUCCUUGCGCUGGCUCGCGCGGCGUCCGUCCGCCUGCCCGGUGCAGUGACGCGCCGCGUGUGCACAUGCUGCGGCAACAUGCUGCUCCCGGGGCUCGCAGGCACCCAAGUCCGACUCGUCGCAACCAGCAUCAAGAAGAAGAGCAAGAAGAGCAAGAGCAUGGCACAGCUCAAACAAGCAGAAUCGAGUCGUGUCAAUGGUAGGACAACGUCAGGCUCAACCAAUUCUGACACUACGACAAAUGCAGCCGCUGGAUUGGGUAAACCCGCCGCGGCGACCGCUUCCAAACGCACGCUCAGACGAAGAGCAAUGCGAUCGCACCACGGAAUGGCUGCAGACAGGUCCGAGCCUGGGAAAGCGACGCCAGCCAAUGCCUCCGGAAAACCCAACCGACAGCCACCAACGUCGACGCCCUCGACGAACGCAAGGCCUGCCAAGGCACGGCGACGACAGCGCGAUUACAUUAUUGUCAAGCACCCCGGGGAGAAUGCCAACGAGGGCAAUGCCGGCCCAUCAGCUCCCUUCAAGUUUAGUUUGACCGAUCCGUUUGGCAUCAACAGCGCUGCCACCGCGCAGCCUGUACCUGUAAACCAUCUGCAUGUCACCUGUGGUGCAUGUUCCACCAGGCACAUACAUCCAGGCGGCUUUGGACCUACUAGGAGGGGGGCUCAAAGUGCUGCUGCUGCUGCCGCUGUUGUUGCUGCUGGCGCGACUCCCCCACCGCAGCGAGCGACCGCGGCUGUACCCCUCACAGUCGCUCGGAGUGCACCUGCAAGCGCGGUGCAAUCUCCUGCAGCAUCUCCAAAGCCGACACCAGGGGGGACCAUGUCCCCCGUACCAUCAUCAUCAUCGUCUGCCGUGCCGGCUGUUGCUGCCGUCGCCUCCGCCUUGCACGCCAAAUCACUUCCAGCAUCCGCACUCACCUCCCGCCAAGCUUCGCCAUUUGCAACGCCAACAUCUUCCGUCCCACCAUCCCCGGCUUUCGGCAAACCCGCCGGCUCACCAUCCACCCUCCCCGCCAAACCAGCGCCGGCCAAGCCCGCUGCAGGCAAGAGCAAGUCUCUCAAGGCGCUCCUCGUGCAAAGCAAGGCCCCUGCCGGCGGCCAGCCGCCCUCCGACUCUGGCGGUGCCUCUCUGCUGGACUUUUUGUCUUCGCUUUGAUUUUUUUUGUUCUGUGGCUGUGCUGUGGUUGUUUCUAAUUUAUUCAU